AUGAAGCGGAGAGCAUCCGACAGAGGGGCUGGGGAAACGUCGGCCAGGGCGAAGGCUCUAGGAAGUGGGAUUUCUGGAAAUAACGCGAAGAGAGCUGGACCGUUCAUCCUUGGUCCCCGUCUGGGCAACUCACCGGUGCCAAGCAUAGUGCAGUGUCUGGCGAGGAAAGAUGGCACAGAUGACUUCUAUCAGCUGAAGAUCCUUACCCUUGAGGAGAGGGGGGACCAAGGAAUAGAAAGCCAAGAGGAGAGGCAAGGCAAGAUGCUGUUACACACCGAGUACUCUCUGCUCUCCCUCCUCCACACACAGGAUGGCGUGGUUCACCACCACGGGCUCUUCCAGGACCGAACCUGUGAAAUCGUUGAGGACGCAGAAUCCAGCCGAAUGGUUAAGAAGACGAAGAAGCGCAUCUGCCUCGUUCUGGACUGCCUCUGUGCGCACGACUUCAGCGACAAGACCGCCGACCUGAUCAACCUGCAGCACUACGUCAUCAAGGAGAAGAGGCUCAGCGAGCGGGAGACCGUGGUCAUCUUCUACGACGUGGUGCGCGUGGUGGAAGCCCUGCACCAGAAAAACAUCGUGCACAGAGACCUGAAGCUCGGGAACAUGGUGCUCAAUAAAAGGACGCAUCGGAUAACCAUCACCAACUUCUGCCUCGGGAAGCACCUCGUGAGCGAGGGGGACCUGCUGAAGGACCAGAGGGGCAGCCCCGCCUACAUCAGCCCCGACGUGCUCAGCGGCCGGCCGUACCGGGGCAAGCCGAGUGACAUGUGGGCGCUGGGCGUGGUGCUGUUCACCAUGCUCUACGGCCAGUUCCCCUUCUACGACAGCGUCCCCCAGGAGCUCUUCCGCAAGAUCAAGGCCGCCGAGUACACCAUCCCGGAGGACGGGCGGGUUUCUGAGAGCACCGUGUGUCUCAUCCGGAAACUGCUGGUCCUCGACCCCCAGCAGCGCCUGGCUGCCACCGACGUCCUGGAAGCCCUCAGUGCCAUCAUCGCUUCGUGGCAGUCCCUGUCGUCUCUGAGCGGGCCUCUGCAGGUGGUCCCUGACAUCGACGACCAAAUGAGCAAUGCGGACAGCUCCCAGGAGGCGAAGGUGACAGAGGAGUGCUCCCAGUACGAGUUUGAGAACUACAUGCGGCAGCAGCUGCUGCUGGCCGAGGAGAAGAGCUCCAUCCACGAGGCCCGGAGCUGGGUGCCCAGGCGGCAGUUGGGCAGCGCGCCGCUGGUGCGCCGGCUGGGUCACGACGCACAGCCCGUGAACCCCUUGGACGCAGCCAUCCUGGCACAGCGCUGCCUGCGGAAAUAG